UCGGGCGGCCCGCGCGCUCGCACCGGAACCGGCUCCAGGCGCUGGCGCCGGGCCGCGGGGAGGAGGCGGCUUCGGUCCCUGCGGCGGGCGCGGCCCGGGCGCUCGAGCCUCUCGGCCCCGGAGAGCGGGCGGCGGCGGCGGCCUCCCCGGCGCGGCAGCACGGACCCCGCCGCCGCGUGCAGAGGCCGCCUCGCCGCCUCGGGAGCAGAGGCCCCGCCGUUGAUGCGUCUGCCUUGGGAGUCGGGGACGCCGUGAAGCCGGAGGCGAACAUGGGUCAGAAGGUCACCGGAGGGAUCAAGACGGUGGACAUGAGGGACCCCACGUACCGGCCCUUGAAGCAGGAGCUCCAGGGCCUGGACUACUGCAAGCCCACCCGCCUGGAGCUGCUGCUGGACAUGCCGCCCGUGUCCUACGAGGUCCAGCUGCUCCACUCGUGGAACAACAACGACCGCUCGCUCAACGUCUUCGUCAAGGAGGACGACAAGCUGAUCUUCCACCGGCAUCCGGUGGCCCAGAGCACGGACGCCAUCAGGGGCAAGGUCGGGUACACGCGGGGGCUGCACGUGUGGCAGAUCACGUGGGCCAUGCGGCAGCGGGGCACGCACGCCGUGGUGGGGGUGGCGACGGCCGACGCCCCCCUGCACUCCGUCGGCUACACGACCCUCGUGGGGAACAACCACGAGUCCUGGGGCUGGGACUUGGGGCGCAACCGGCUCUACCACGACGGCAAGAACCAGCCGAGCAAGACGUACCCGGCCUUUCUGGAGCCGGACGAGACGUUCAUUGUCCCCGACUCUUUCCUGGUGGCCCUGGACAUGGACGACGGGACCCUGAGCUUCAUUGUGGACGGACAGUACAUGGGCGUGGCUUUCCGGGGACUCAAAGGCAAAAAACUGUAUCCUGUCGUGAGCGCCGUCUGGGGCCACUGCGAGAUCCGCAUGCGCUACUUGAACGGACUCGACCCCGAGCCCCUGCCGCUCAUGGACCUCUGCCGCCGCUCGGUGCGCCUGGCCCUGGGGAAGGAGCGUCUGGGCGAGAUCCACGCGCUGCCGCUGCCCGCCUCCCUCAAGGCCUACCUCCUCUACCAGUGACGCCGCCAGGACCCGGCGCGACAGCCACCGGUGCCAGCGCCCAGCCGCCCGCGGACCCUGCGCCUCGGACGGCGUCCGCAGCCGUGGGAGGAAGGCCUGCUCCUCCUCCUCCUCCUCCUCCUCCCCCCGCCGCUGCCCUUCGGGACACGGACGCGGACAGCUCUGGACACAGCCUCCCUGCCCCCUCCCCUGCAUUGGCGAAGGCCCUGCAUGCCAGUCCCAGCCCCUCCUUGGAAAAGGACACAAAGGACCUCCGGAAGCCCGGCCCUGCGCUCCCGUCUGCUCUCGGGUGGCCUGGGGAGCCUCCACCUGCCGGGUCCCGGGGUGGGGCCUGCAAGAGGCGCCCCGGCCCCGAGAGCAGACCCAGGGGUGCUAAGAGGUGCUCAGACAGGGCUUGUGCCGGGACCAAGCUCAGGACGUCAGAAACACGCCGGGACGAGGCAGCAGCCAGGAGGGACCGCCCGCCCACGGGCACAGAGGCUCAGCGUCCGUCCCGAUGCCGGUGCCCCGGACCCUGUAUUUAUUCUCUUAACAAUAACGAAAGCCAUUUAUUUAUUCCACUUAGAAAGGGACCUGGCUCCGGUCACCUCGCUGGAGGGCUCUCUCGCUUUUCUCCCACCCGCCACCCCGGGCAUGUGUGUGCCUCGCCUGUCCUCGCCGGGCUGUCUGUGGGGUGUCCCCACGUGGGCACAAGUGUCUUUGUUUGGGUCCCUUGACCUACGGUUCCCCGGGGGCUCUGCUCUGAGUUCCGAGCGGUCGGAGUAUCUUGGGGGUCACGGCUCCACGGCGGUGGCGGCUCCCGUGUCUCCCUGCCGUGACUGACACGCGGGCUCCCACACCUUUGCACGUGGUUUAUUUCCGUGUCUUCCGUGGGCUUUGGGCGUGGGUUUGGUUUUGCUUCUGCCUUCCUCGCUGAGAUGUCCCAUGUGCACCCUCAGAAGCUCCGGCUUCCCACGGGACGACCGGACCAAGGAGGGAGGAGGAGCGGGUCUCUGUCCCUGAGGAGCGGAGAGCAGGCUGGGGUGCGGGGGACGAGAGAGGCGUCACGCCUCACGCAAGCCCACGCGCGUCUCCGCGUAGUGCCUAGUUCAUCACGACCCCCCAGAGCCAGAGGGGCGGGGCGGGGCGGGGCAGCCAGCAGGAGAGGGGCCCCCCUCCCUGCCACAGCCCCCCCACGUAGCAGACCCCAGCCCCUGCCACCACGUUUGCCAUUUCUUUAUCUCGAAGUCGACUCCGUUCAUUUCUGUACAGGUACAAUAGAUGACUUUAUUUGUUUAAAAUGUUUAAUAUAUAUGCAUAUAUAUUUGUCCGUAAGAAUUAUGUUUUAAACAGCUGCUGUAGGGUACCUUUAAAAAAAAAAAAAAAGAAGUCUUCCAGUGGAAUAUAUUUUUAAAGCACAACCUUGGUGCCAAGACUGGGUGAGGAAUGUAAAUUGCCCCUUAUUAUUGUGAGGUUGUUGUUUCAGGCCUUACCUUCCCUGUGAGGCUUUGGAAGAUCUGCCUCCCUCCUGUUUCAGGCUGGGUCCCGCUCCGAUGAAUGUUGCACAUGAGAGUUUCACUCACACAGCCCCAGCCUUCCCGCCGGACCCAGCGCCUCCCGCCGCGGCUGGACGCUUGCAGGGCUCUGUCGUCUCUGCACCGUCCCCCCGCCCCCAGCGUCCCCCUCAAGCCCACCGUUCUCUCCUCUCAGCCCAGAGCCCUGUGGCCUGUACAGUCUUGACACUCCCAUUCUAUUUUAUGAUGGUUGAUCAUAGUCAGUAACCGAAUAAAGGAAAGUUUAUUAAC